AUGUGCCCCAGUCUUACAGAUCUGGAUCAGAUCAAAUGUGACGGCCGGGCACCAGUAUGCGACCCAUGCCAGAAAAGGUCGCGUGGAGGUGCUUGCACUUGGGAUACCACUCCUACGAAAACCAAUUCACAAGUCCCUUCAGAUCGGAUCCAGUGGCUUGAAGACCGUAUCAAGCAGCUUGAGCAAACUGGUGCGCUCACCCAUAAAACAACCACUCCCAGUAUCACUCUGCUCCAAGAGGAUGCUUUCAAUGUCACCCUCCCGAGCACGUUGGACGGCGAGAGCGCCGUGAGAUUUGAUUCAAGCGAGAACGAUAAUCAUCAUCGAUCCACUGUAGCACAAGAUGAUCAUUCCAGACUGGAAACGCCUCUCAUUGGUUCACGCGCCCAAAUUGUAGAGAAUACGCCCUCAGCGACACCUAGACCUGGCUUUCACAGACACGACAUUUCCAGCACACUAGAUGGAUUAUCUCCUUCAGACACUAGGUCGGUUGCAAUUAUUGGAGCAACUACGACUGAAGAUCACAGAGAAGGCUUCUUCGGAAGUGCGAGUGCCGGGAGUUUUAUGCAAAAUGUCAGGAAGCUGGUUGAGCAGAAACUCUGCGGAGGUUCAAGCUCGAUCACACCCCUUCCCAGCAUCAAUCAGACGAAUCUACCAAUGAUGGUUCCUGGCAAUGAAAUCCAGCAUAAACAUAUUGAUUAUAUUUUGCCCUCGCGAAAAAGGGCUGAUGCGCUCAUGGCGCUAUAUUGGAGGUUUGUUCAUGAGCUCUACCCAUUUCUGGACAAAGAGCAAGUACGAAAUGAUUAUGAGAAAAUCUGGAGCGGAGAAGGUUCGGUCUCCGAAGAACGGUCAUUUCUAUGUUUGCUCAACAUCAUCUUUGCACUGACUAGCCAGAUGGAUCCCUCUUUUGACGCCGAACACAAACUAAGAUCGGCAACAGUGUUCUAUCUGAGGGCUCGCGAGUUGUUGGAUGUGGCAGAGACGGCGUCAGUACGGUCGGUCCAAUGUUUCCUACUGCUGGGACAAUACUUCCAAAGUACCAACGAGCCUCAUCCGUGUUGGGUCUUUGUUGGGCUGGCUGUUAGGACCGCUCAGAGCCUUGGACUUCAUCUUCCGCAAACAACCGAGGCCGUGGCAGAUAACCGAACCAAGGAGAUGUUGCAUCGAGUAUGGUAUGGGUGUGUGCUAAUGGAUAACGUGGCCUCCAUGAUUUAUGGUCGGCCGUCGAUGAUAGGUCCAAGAUCAUCCACUUUGGUACCGUUUCCAACGCCCUUGGACGACGAUCUCGUCAUCUCUGAGAAUAGCCCAUCUAUUCAACAAGAUCAGCCACGAUCCAUCAUCGAUUGCUUCUGCUUUUCCCUGAAGUUGUAUGAGAUAAUGCACGAUGUCCUGUUCAACUUCCAUUCCACAACCUCGGAAGCUCAAAAGAACCUUCCGCUGGAACGAAUUUAUGACAAGUACAUGGGUAGCACAUCACCUAGUGAAGGCUAUCUGUCGGUAUUCGAGCUCGAGCGAAGAUUGGCGAGAUGGGAAAGCAGUCUCCCUGAGCACCUCAGAUUCGAAACCUAUGCGAAGGACAGCGUGGAGAAAAACAUCUUCUACCGUCAGGCAGUGAUUCUUCAUCAAAGGCAGCUACAUGUCCGGCUGUUGCUGUUGAGACCUGUGCUCUCGACUUUCAUCACCACAGAUUCGAUUGACGGGUCGCAAUUGAUCCCUUUCCGGAGCCUCCUGACUCACCGGAUCUUCCUUCAAUGCGCCAUCGUGUGUGUCAAAGUAGCUCAAGACGUCAUUGACACAAUCCACACAGGCGAGGCGGCAUCCACAGACUCGACCGAAACAUUGAGCGUGUGGUGGUACAACGUGCUGUUCCUAUACACGUCCGCGACCGUUCUGAUCGCCGCACGCCUGAGCCCCUCGAUCUUGGCAGAAACAACCGAGGAAUCCAUCCUCGAACGCUGGACCAAAGCGAUGGACAUCCUCGAAGGCUACGGCACGAAAUUCGGACCGUCGAUCCAUCGCCUCACGACCACGUUGCGCCUGCUCUUCGACGCCGUACCCCAGCAGUACUCUCGAUUGAGGCAGAACGCAAAUGCACGGCAGAGCGAAAUGGAAUUGAUACCGACGACGGCGCCGAAUGACCAAGCGUCCAGCGCUGCUGCGUCAAUGGCGUUUUGGCGACCCCUUCCCCUGGAGCAGAGCAGCCUCUCCACCUCCAACUUCUACGACCCUGCGCGAGACUACAUGCAGGAUUCGGAUGUUCUGCUCAAUGAUCCGUUCCUCUCGGGCAAUUGGGCCGACUUCGAUGCCGCUUUUGACCCCACAGAUUUCUCAUGGCUGAUGACGGUCCCUGUGAACGAAUGA